UUUUUUUUACAUACUAGUCAGCUGAGCUGAGGUGCACGAGGUAGCCAGCCACCGAGCCACAUUUCCACACAGAGCAAGAGAGAGAAGAGAUCGAAACGAAUCGUAUCUGAGAUGUCAUCGCACGGGAACUCAAACUCGGCCAACGAUCCGCGUAUGCCGUCGGCGGCGAAGCCAUUCGUGGCUCCGUUGGUGAACCCUCAAGAUCUCCCGGUCGAUUACUCCGGCUUCAUCGCCGUCAUCUUCGGCAUCGCCGGUGUUAUGUUCAGGUACAAGCUAAGCUCGUGGCUUGCUAUCAUUUUCUGCGCCCAAUCGCUCACCAACUUGCGCAAUUUCGAAACCGAUCUCAAACAGGUCUCCAUGGCCAUGAUGUUUGCUAUUAUGGGAUUAGUCACGAACUACUUUGGGCCUGCUCGACCAGGCAGAAAAGGUUAAGAUUUCAUGGUUCACAUAGUCAAGACAAACUCUUUGAAGGCUCCGUUCUUCUGAUGGUGAUUUUUUUGUUGUUUUGGGGUAUACUGUUAAUGAAAUUUGUAAUUUUGCUUGGACACCUUCUGUGACAAUGUUAUUCAAAUUAUAUGGAUGCAGUUUUAGCUCUA